AUGCAAUAAUAAUCAAUAUCAGAUUUCGAUAAUCUUGAACGAGAACAUUAAUUGAUUGAUUAAGUUAAUUAAAAGUCAAAAUCAGCAAAGUUUAAAUAGUAUAAAUAAGGAUAAUAUUAUGGAGACAUUUAAAACAAUAUUAGACAUGGAUAUGGUAUAUUGUUUAACUAAUUAUUAUAUUUUUAGGACUAAUGACAUAUCAAGAUAGAUAUUAUAUUGGAUUUUGGAAGGAUGAUAAAAAGCAUGGGUUCGGUAAGGAAGUAUUGGAUAAAGGAGAUUAAUAUGAAGGUUAGUUUGAAGAUGGAAAACCUCAUGGUGAAGGUACGUUGGAAACUUCUAAUGGAAUUUAUUCAGGUUAGUGGGUUUAAGGAAUAAAAUAAGGUUAUGGUAAAUGGAGAGGAAAAAACAAUGAAAUUUAUACAGGAGAAUGGAAAUUCAAUAAGGCAAAUGGGUAUGGAAGAUAUGAUUAUUAAGACGGGGGAUGGUAUGAAGGUGAGUUUAAGAAUUAUCUUAAAUAUGGCAAAGGAAAAGAAAAUUAUGCUAAUGGAGAUUUUUAUGACGGUGAUUUUAUUAAUGAUAAACCAGAUGGAUUUGGAGUAUAUAGAUGGGCUGAUGGUUCAUCUUAUCAUGGAACAUUUUGUAGUGGAGUUAGGCAUGGAAAAGGUUAUUGGUUAAAGAAUGGAGAUCCUAAAAAUCAUGAGAGUUAUGAUGGAGAAUAUGUUAACGAUUUGAAAUCAGGACAAGGUGUUUAUAGAUGGCCAAGUGGAAAUGUAUAUGAAGGGGAAUUCUUUAAUGAUCAUAGACAUGGAUUUGGAGAAAUGAGAUGGGUGGAUGGUUCCUUUUAUAAAGGUUAAUUUCACAAUGGGUAAAUGUGUGGAGAGGGUGAAUUAAAAAGAAAUAAUAAACCAAUUAUCUAUGGAUAUUUUGAAAAUAAUAAAUUAGUUAAAGAAUAAAAAAAGAAGUCAAUACCUAAAACUAUGAAUUAGAGUUAAAACAAUAGUUAUGAUGGCAAAGGAAAUUAUUAUUCUUUGUAUCAAUCUUUCAAUCAAUUUUAAAAUGCUUAACAUUUAUAAAAAUAUCAUUUUAAGUCUGAAUCUAUAGAACCCAUUAUUAGAUAAUUUAAAAGGGAUUGUAAUACAUCUUUUGAUGAAAUUAAUAAAAAUGAAAUUUCAACCCAUUAAAAUAGAUUUAAAAUCUCCAUAGAUUUAGAUGAACCUUAAGGAAUGACUACUUAACAAAAAUACAAAUCAUUAAAUACAACAAAUCGUGCUUUUUAAAAUCAACAAGAGAAUUUAAUAUCAGUUACAAAUAGAACAUAAGCAACUAAAAAAGUUAUUAUAGAUAGUGUUAAAUUUAAAAGAAGUCAGUUAUCUUUUAGACUCUAAUCAUUAAACUAAUCUACUAGAUAAACACAAAAUUCUCUUCCAAAAUAAGGUGUGAACUGA